UUCUUAACCUUGUUCAUCUAUUUUAUGAUUUAAAUUGCAGCAGGAGGGAAAUAUGCCUACUUUAUCCAAUCUGACUCAGACACUGGAAGAUGUCUUCAAAAGGAUUUUCAUUACUUAUAUGAACAAUUGGCGCAGGAACACGACAGCUGAGGAAGAGGCCCUGCAAGCCAAAGUUGAAGCUGAGAAUUUCUACUAUGUCAUCUUGUACCUUAUGGUGAUGAUUGGCAUGUUCUCUUUCAUCAUUGUAGCCAUCCUGGUGAGCACGGUGAAAUCCAAGAGACGAGAACACUCCAACGACCCCUACCACCAGUACAUCGUAGAGGAUUGGCAAGAGAAGUACAGGAGUCAAAUUCUGAAUCUAGAAGAACCAAAGGCCACCAUCCAGAAGAACAUGGGUGCAACAGAGUUCCAAAUGUCUCCUUGACAAGCGAGAAAGCCAUAAAGCCAACCUUUGACCUCCAGAUAUGAAGAGAUGCCAGUGCCACGGAGCAAAUUCGAAUUGUCAUUGCUUAGAAGACAUUAAGUUCCUCGCUCUCUGUUGAGAAUUUUCGUGGAGAGCAUGUGGUUGGCCAACUAAGACAGGUGACAUUUCAAUCUCAGUGAUUUAUGCUUCUCAUCCGAGCAAUAUUUCAUGCUGAAGACCUCUUUUACUUUCUGUGCAAUGUCAAUGUCAUUUUAAUCAAUGUCAGUAGUGAAAAUAAAGCCCAAUUU